UAUGUCCAAUGCAGGGGCUGACUGACCAUUUGGAAACUCGGGCACUGCCCGAGGGCCCGGGGUCAGUAGGGGGCCCCAUGAGAUGCCCCUGGUACCUUUUUUCUAAGGCUUUUUUGAGUUUGGGCAAGGACACAGGGGCCCCAUGAUCCCCUAUUGCCCAGGGGCCCCAUGAGUUGUCAGUCCACCCCUGGUCCAAUGACAUUCUUUAUGAAUUUCACUGAAUGUGUAUUAAAGCAUAUGUCAUUAAAUAAAACUCAUCAUG